GCAUCUUUUUUUUUUUGGGUAGAAUUAAGUUUGCAUCGAGUAGCUGCAAUUGAGAGUUUGAGACUUUAGAGUGUUUCUGCAGAUGUACUGUGUCUGGAAACCAAAAAGUCAUCGCUGAACUUGGGGAGGUGAGAAGGAAUGAUGGCGGUAAAGGCGAGCUUCGUCAGCAUCUCUGCUCCUCCGAUCAUCUAUCAGGAUCGUUAUCGUUAUUGUUCGCCGCAUCGUGGUAUUACACGUACUGUCAAAUUCAAGGGAGCAGCAAUGAUAUUACCUGUGAAAUGCUCUACCGGGCCGACGGAUUCGGAAGCGGAAGAACCGUACCGUCCUUCGUGGAGCCUUUCUGUAUACAAAUGGUACGCAGGACUUGGAGCCUUGGGGUUUAUCGAAACCGGAUACUUGACUUAUCUCAAGUUUACAAAUUCCGAUGCCUUCUGCCCUGUCGGCGGCGGCAGUUGCAGCGACAUUCUCAACAGUGAUUAUGCCUUUGUUUUUGGUGUUCCUCUUCCAUUGAUUGGUAUGGUUGCAUAUGGGUUAGUUGCAUUAGUGGGUCUACAUCUGUCUGGAAAGAGUUUGCUUUCUGGACUGGGUGAAACUGAUGGUCGUUUGAUUUUACUGGGGAGUACUACGUCGAUGGCAGCGGCUAGUGCAUACUUUUUGUACCUUCUGAGCACAAAGUUUGCAGGAGCAUCAUGCUCUUAUUGCUUGAUGUCAGCCGUUCUGUCUUUCAGCCUGUUUUUCCUCACACUAAAGGAAUUCGGGUUGCAAGAGAUACAAAGGAUGGUGGGUCUGCAGCUAGUUAUAGCCAGUGCAGUUAUUGCUGCUUUGAGUAUUUCAUAUGGUACUCAAGCUACUCAAACUGUAUCAACGAGCUCAGCAGAAAUUGAUCUACCACUGUUUACAACUGAGAUAAAAAAAGAAUCAAGUCCCUUGGCUAUUUCUCUUGCAAAGCAUCUGCAUUCCAUAGGAGCUAAAAUGUAUGGAGCUUUCUGGUGUUCUCAUUGCUUAGAACAGAAAGAGAUGUUUGGACGUGAAGCAGCGAAGGUCUUAGACUAUGUAGAAUGCUUCCCAGAUGGAUAUAGGAGAGGAACUAAAAUAGCCAAGGCAUGUGCAGAUGCUGGAAUCGAAGGUUUCCCAACUUGGGUGAUAAAUGGCCAGAGCUCACAGGCUUGCCAAGGUGCAGGUUCUGCUGCAUGCACCUGCUCCGCAAUGCAUGUGGAGUUCCUGAGGUGCUGACAUGAGGAACCUGCAUACUUUUCUCUUGUUGCAGCAUCUCCAUAAUUAUUGCUGUAUCAUAUAAUUCACUGAAGUGAUAUUUGUACAAAAACAAAAACCAGUAGGUUGGUUUGAUGCCACAUUGAUGCAUUUCAUUUGGAUAUUGGGAAUGAUAAUACUGGUGAGAGGAUAAACUUGCACUCUCACAAAAAAGUGUUUUGGCAGAUGGUCCAGUCAUAGAGUUUAUUGAUUAGGCUUGUGACUGUUCGAUUUUGUAUCUGGUUGAUUCUCUACAGUUCAAAAGGGACUCUUGUGGUCAUGGUUACAGUGACCAGUCAGAGGAGGCACUUGCUAUUCAGUGUGCUGUGUUAUGUAUAGCAUCAAACACAUAUUUUCUUUGAAAUCUCUAAGUUCUACAUCUGAGUGCCAGCAGGGAGUUGGAAUGGGGAGGUUUCGCUGGUGACUGUUGUCAGGUAGGGGGCGCAUCAGUGCCCCUAUAGCACCUAGUCAUCAAUCAAUAUUAACGCGUUUCCUUCUUAAUCAGAAAAGGGUUGCCCUAGCAUUCAAGCUGUCUUCAAUGAUUCAUGGGUUGGUCUAUGCCCUUCUAGUGAUGCCACUGCCACUGGAUCCUGAGGGUUCCAGAGACUUAUAUCUAUUGCUCUUUUCUUUGAUACAGUUCUUCAUCCCCCUCCCUCCCUCCCUU